AUGGCACUGCGUACUGCUAAUUAUGAUGCGAUCAAUCACUGGGAAUAUCGUCUGCGCUACUCGCGGGCAUUCGCAACCGAGGGCGAACUUCAUUCGACACGAUACUGCGAUGACAGAUAUGAAUACAAACACGUGACACUUACAAAAGAGCAGCAGUACAUAGUCUACCGGCAAGCUUUAGAACGGAGCAAGGGCAGGCUUCUACAUGAGGAUUUUAUCGUCACCACACUACGGAUUAGACAAACACCCGGAUGGGAACACUAUUACGUCUAUCCGCCCAAUCCCCAGGUACUCUGCUUGAGACGACCAAAGAAACGCAAUCCAUUGGGGACUAUAGAUCUGUUUGACGGCGGUGCAAGCCUCAGAAACAGUUAUAUGCCACAGGGUCUCCCUGGAUGGCCGUCAUUAGUUGCCGAGGAAAACCACCGAAGAACUAAUGAAGAGUUACACAUCACAGAAGUGUUAGCACAUUCAUACAAUAACCAUACCAGAUAA